AUGGGGAAACACAACAGCAAGCUAGCUCCCGAGGUCCUGGAUGACCUGACGAAGAACACUGAAUUCAACGAGGCAGAGCUGAAGCAGUGGUACAAGGGCUUCCUCAAAGACUGUCCCUCUGGUAUUCUUAACCUGGAAGAGUUUCAGCAGCUCUAUGUCAAGUUUUUCCCCUAUGGCGAUGCCUCCAAGUUUGCUCAGCACGCAUUUCGAACAUUCGACAAAAACGGCGACGGGACCAUCGACUUCAGGGAGUUCAUCUGCGCCCUGUCCAUCACCUCCAGGGGCAGCUUUGAGCAGAAACUCAACUGGGCUUUCAACAUGUAUGAUCUGGAUGGAGAUGGGAAAAUCACACGCAUGGAGAUGCUGGAGAUCAUCGAGGCCAUCUACAAGAUGGUGGGUACUGUUAUCAUGAUGCGUAUGAAUGAGGACGGGCUGACCCCUCAGCAGCGCGUGGACAAGAUCUUCUCCAAGAUGGACAAGGACCACAAUGAUGAGAUCACCUUGGAGGAGUUUAAAGAAGCUGCCAAGUCUGACCCUUCCAUCGUCCUACUGCUGCAGUGUGACAUGCAGAAGUAG